AUGCUCGAGCAUGACCUUUAUCAUGAAAGCUUAAACUCCGAAAUGGAAGAACUAGCAAAGAAGAAUAGAAAGCUAAAAGAAAGCCUUAAUACCAAGGACCAUAUAGUGGGCGCCUUAGAGAUAGAAAAUAAAGAUCUUCGUGAUCGGCACCAACGG